GCAGUCACGUGGAGGAGAUCGUCCAGCUCUGCUCCGUCCAAACACAACGUGAGCGCUUAGCAGUCUGUCUGUCGGUGCGCCGAUCGGUGCUAAACUGAUUCAUGUUGUUUUUCUAGCCACCCGUCCCUCUAAACUAGACUAUUUUAUCGAAGAAUGAGUGAUAACGAUGAUAUCGAAGUCGAUAGUGACGAAGACUCACCGAGAUAUCACUGUGUGGCAGACAAACGGGCACACCACAAUGCCCUGGAGCGCAAACGUAGGGACCACAUCAAAGACAGCUUUCACAGCCUCCGGGACUCUGUACCUGCCCUGCAGGGAGAAAAGGUUGGUAAAGCUCAGCCUGCAAGUCCUCCAGGCACACGAUGUUCAGGCUCUCAUCAGUCUGCCAAACAGGCGUCUCGGGCUCAAAUCCUAGACAAAGCCACAGAGUACAUCCAAUACAUGAGGCGAAAAAAUCACACGCACCAGCAAGACAUCGACGACCUGAAGAGGCAGAACGCACUGCUGGAGCAGCAAGUCCGCGCUCUGGAGAAGGUGAAAGGCUCCGCCCAACUCCAGGCCAGCUACUCAUCGUCUGACAGCAGCCUCUACACCAACCCCAAGGGCAGCGCCGUGUCGGCGUUCGACGGCGGCUCUGACUCGAGCUCCGAGUCGGAGGCCGAGGAGCCGCCCAACAGGAAGAAGCUGCGUGUGGAGGCCAGCUAGAGGGCAGCGCAGGUAACAAACACCUGGUCAAGGUUUGAGGAGGCGGGGGCACAAAAGGAGGUCGAGAGGAAACGCAGCCUUCAAAGCUCUCGAGGCUCAUCCACCCCUCCCCCCCUCCUCAGGCCGUCCUCCUUCGCUCUCUCUCCUCCAUACGUGGGCGGGCUCGCACCGGAGACUCAUGACCCCGCUAACCUCCUCACAACGCCACCACAAUUGUCUCUUUUCCCGCCCGAUCUCCAAGAGCAGGAGGGAGGAAUUCAGCAGGGUGUAAGAUGACAGCUUCGACCCACGUAGAGAGCUUCAGGUUUCCCCCCCCCCCCUCCCCAUCCCCCUUUACCCAUCCCUAUCCUCUUCUCUUUUCUUUGGUUCUCCGUCUUCGUUUUUCCCCCCUGGCAACAUCUACAAUCCGAAAACCCAAAAAAGAAGGCAGCUUGGCUACUUAAGGACUUGAUGCUUUUUUUGUACCCUCAAUAAAGCCCCUCCUCCUCCCCGGGUUGUUUUUUGGGGCGGAAGGGCGCUCCUGGCGUACUCCAAGCACUGCUAUAUUAUAUAUUUUGUUGUUUUUGUUUAUUUUGGUAUUCUUGAUUUAAAAAAAAAAAAAAAGAAAAAAAAAAAGAAAUCUGUUUAGAAUUUACACACACACACCUAGAUAAAUCGUCCCAAAAGUUUACCUUUUUUAAAAUAAGAAAUCAACUAAAGAAUGUGAAGACGCUUCGAAGCAGAUGUUAAAAUGAUACCCACCUCAGGCCCACUUGAUUGCAGAUGUUUUCUGCCUGACACGUUGUUGUGAUCACAAGAUAAAAAAAAAAGAAAAAAAAGAGAAAACAUGACUCUUUUGUUGAAAUUGAUGUUUUGAAGGAGAAUAUUCCUAAACUUGUAUCGUAUUUGUCCUUUAGCUUGGAGUAGUGAAUGACUUUAGGUGGCUGAAUACGUUAGGCAUCUCGUUUUAUAUAUUAUAAAAAGCAUUGAUUGGAUGUUUUCGAGUUCUAAAGUACGUUAUGCAUUUUGUAGUAAUCUCACGAGUCAUGAGAAAAAUGCCAAUUUGUCACAUAGUAGUUUUCCUUAAGGGUAUGAAAUAGGUAUUGAAUGUCAAAAGGUAGCUCCCGUCGUUUGCAGUACAAGGAAGCGAAAUAAUUCCCUGUCGAUGUGUUGUGCUUUACACAGUAAAAAUCAAUGUUGCUGAAUCCCCCACCCACCCCCAAGGACAAAAGGAAGCAUUUUGCGUGUCUAGGAAACCCGUGUGUUUGUAUAUUGUUUCCAUUCUUUUUUUUUUCCAUUUAGGAGGAUAUAAUUAGUGUAAUAGGUUUGUUUGUCCGAUUCCAUUCCAUGGAAAUUACAAGUAUGUUGUACAUACUGCCAACAAUUGUCUUGCAAGUUGAGGCCUACCUUUACUAUGAGACUAUAAAAUAAACUAUUUUAUCCUUUAACAUGCUUC